CAGCGGCCAGCAUGGCAGGGUCCCUCUGCUCUCUGUCCAGGCAGAGGGCACAGAUGGACAUCUGGGAACAAAACAGGGAACUGCGCUCCCAGCUGGUGGAGGCUAAACAGCAGGUUCUGGACCUCAGGGAGAAACUGGACAUUUCCGAAUCAACUGCUUUCUCCCUGGCCAACCAGCUGCGGAAAUACAAGUGUGGCAAGUUCAGGGAUGUCCUGGAGUCCGUGCUGGGGGUGAGGCUGGACUUCUGGGAGGAGGAGUGGGCAGAGAUGCCGACCCUGGAGGACGAGCUCAGGUAAGGCUGCUGUGUGUGGGGCAGACAGGGGGACGUGUGAGUCUCUGAUGUGGGCAGCUCAGCUGGGACAUCUAAGAGCCCACCUUGCCAGGGCAAUGGCAGGAAUGCACGAGGCCGGCAUGUUUUUCACAGAUAUUAAUAAAACAAGAUGAAAACAAAACUAAGGAUGUAUUCUGGCCCACAACUGUGACUCAGAGCCAGGUUUUCUCCUUCCAAACAAGAAGUUGUUAGGGUGAAAGUCACGCAACAUAAAGGUAACCAAAGGACAGUGACAACUCAGCAGCAUUGAGUGUAGUCACACUGCGCAUUCAGGUGAUGGAAACACUAAAAGCCCUGACUCCACACUGUGCAAUAUAUCCCUGUGACAACACUGCACUUGGACCCGUCAC